AUGGCAACACUGCAUUGCUUGCAUGAUCCUGGGGGUGAAAGAUGUGAAACUGGACUAAUACCGCUGAUUGACGGUGAAAGUGAUAUAGUUCGGAAUGGAGGUCUCUCUGGAGGAGGGGAGAAGGAGGACGAGGAGGAGGCGGGGGGAAAGAAGGCUCGUGGCUGGGUCGAAGGGGAAGGCAGCUGGAACCGUCAAUGGUGA